AUGGCCGUUCUACUGCCUACAUCGAAGCCAUUGCUCUCAUUCCAAUGCGCUAGGCUCAUUGCCCGAAUCUCACCAUGUACACUUCGACGAGCUCUAUCGACACUGCCGAACAAUGGUCACAUCUACGUCCACGAGCAACCAUCAAAACCCUACAUCCUCUCCCUUCUCUCAACCUCACCCCCGACGCCAUCCCUCGCCGUCGGCACAACGACCAAGAUCCCACCUACGCCAGAGUCAUUGACGGAGAACCACGAUUUCAUGGAACUACUGCAUCAUGUGAUCGCCGAACACGCCCACAACGACCCCGAAGUCCAAGGUCAAGCAGCAAUGUACGCCUCCCAAUCCGGCUCCGCCCUAGGCUCAGGCGGUGGCUUCUUCCCUCAGCAACGCCAGAAACUCAAAAAGCGCACGAGUAAAAGCACGGCCGGCAGCAAAGCAUGGGGUGGCGGAGGUGGUACGGGAGGUGAUGGAGCGGGUGGUGCUAGUGCGCAGGGUGGUAUGGGUGGGGCAGGUAGGGGUGGAUACAUUCAUGUUAGCGACCAAAGAAAUCCGCCUGAUUUCGGGAGAGUGGCGUGGCCGGAAGAUAUCUUUGGGAGUCUAGAGUUGACGGGGGAUGGGAAGUUCGUUGAUGGCAAUGGGAGGUAUCAGAAGGGUGGGACGUAUCGCAUCAUUACGAAUGAAGGUAUAUUGGGACUGAGCCCGUACCUCAGGCAGAAGGUCACUGAGAAGCUGAAGGAGCUGGACGAACAGAUGCGGCAACAUUCAUGA